AUGUUGUGGGUUUCAUAUCUAAUCGGCGUCGCCGCCUAUGCUUCCGUUGCCACCUCGCUCGCACUUAACUCGAGACAGAUCCAGUGGCCCACGCUUCCCAACAACUUGACUGAAGACGUUCUUCAGGUGGCGGGCGCAAUCUCCCCUCCCUGUGCAGCAAAUACUACCUGGUGUCAGCAAUUGACAGAAGUAGUGAUUCCUCGAUGCCAACGCCUGCGUGGGGACCCCGGGUGCUGGUGUGGUAAUCACGACCCACUUCAUUACUGUGCGAUAUGUAUGUCGAGUCCUAGCGACAACCAAACCACCGCGGAUCAAAUGCAAGCGGCUACCGCUGGUCAUAAUGCUUUCCAUGUUGCGUGCAAUGCAUAUGAGCAGUUGAUCAACGGCACAGCCGUUGUUACUUCAACUUCUUCCUCUACAAGCCCGGCCACCAGCGAAACUUCAACUCCAACCGCGGUCAGUUCUAAUUCUGGUGAUAACAAAGUUCCCAUCGGUCCUAUAGUCGGGGGUGUUGUUGGUGGCGUUGUUGGUCUCGCCCUCGUGGUUGGAAUCAUAUACCUCCUGGCAAUUGUACUCAAGAAAAAUGACCGUACAAGCGAAGUCCGGCCUUCGAACGUUUCUUACCUAUCAAGUGAACAUAAAAGUCCAAAUCUGUAUGCUGCUCCGUAUCCUCAGUUACCAGCUUCCUAUCCGGGUCCAGCCCCUGGUCAUAUUUCACCACAUAAUAACAAUUACAUUCCAGAACCCAUGAAUCCCAUGACUGGCGCUGCUCAACCUCAACCCCCGAUUCAACCCAGCCACAACUGA